AUGCCACAUGGAGCCCUUCCUGCCGCUCAAGCACUGCUGCAGUUCUUGCAGCCCGCUUCGGAUCCUGACCUAGGAGUGGACCUGACCACCCAUGGCAUCAUUCGGACCCGCGCUUUGCGGCCCAGACACCGGAUCCAGAAGGGCGACGUGAUCUACACAGCACCGCCGAGCCAAAUCAUUCGCGCCGAGGAUUCGCACGGCAGGCGCUUUGCAGGCUGCCGGGAUGACCAGUGCAAGCUAGCCCUGAGGGUAGCCGAGAUGCGCGCCAGAGGAGAUGGGCCAGGCCGUUUCUGGCAGAUGGCCAUCGCAUCCUACCCUUCUCUGGCAGAGUUCGAGUCACUGGGUGUACCGCUUGCAGCCUCAGAGUCUGCUCUUCGUGCAGUUGGGGAAGUUCCGGAGUUCCUGCCAAUUCUUCAGUCAGUGCGUGGCACGCGGGCGAGCAUGCUAUCUGCCUUGGGUGCCUACAACAGAAGCCCUGAGGGCCACCAGCCCUUAACAUUUGCAGAUGCGCUUUGGGGCCGGCUGGUUGUUGAAACAAGCAACCUUGCUUCGAAGUGUGGUUUCCACUUGGCGCCACUGGCCGAUCUGGUGAAUCACAGCAACGAGCCAAACGUGGAAUACUCCUGUACGCCAAAAACUGGCAAAGUUGAGCUUCUUGCGAAGCGAGAUAUUGCUCCUGGGGAGGAGCUGACUGUACGCUACAAUCACCUUGCUCCACUGGACAACUUUGCACGUUAUGCGAUCAUUGAAGAUGAGCAGACCACAGCACCACUCAGUUCUGCAAGCUGUCUAAAGCUGCAGCUGGCAAGAUUGGAUGGCGAGCCGUUUCUUCGAGCCGUUGAGAGGUAUGUGAAGUUGAACUGCAAUCUUCGACCCCCCGCAACCGGCCAAGCGGUUGGUGCGCCGAAAGAGCUGCCAGAAAUUCCUCUGCAGCAGCAGCGGCACAGUGGCGAUGGGCAGCAGGACUCGCAGAACCCCAGCGAGGCAGACAAGACUGGCGAGACGGACCAGUCAGGGCACGGCGGCCAUGAUGAGAUCAUUUCUUUGAACCGCCUCAAGGACGUCAGCGAGGUCGAGAGGCAGACCAGCGCGGCCCAGGCCCAGAGUCAGCAAUCUGCAGCACAGCUUUGCCAUGCAAUCCCACUUGGGUAUUGGAUGGAGGAGCCGAUGAUUGCGAGAGGGAGGUCGCAGGCUGUAUCCAUCGGUUCAAUCGCUUCGUACAUGCAAAUGGAGGCGCCGCUGGCUGUUAUCACUGUUAUCACAGUGACGUUCCAGUGCUUGUGUGCCACAGGUACAGCGGCUGCUUUUGAACAGCUGCUGCAGCAAGUGCGUGCGCACAACACACAACAGCUCUACGAGGACGACUGGCCAUGCACCCAGCUGCGCGGGACGGAAGUCCAGACACGUGUACCACACUUGGUGCCGGUUCCGAAGAAAAGAAACUGGGCUGGGCCGAGGUUGAAGCGUUCUUGUGACCACCCGCACGGGCAGGCGCAAAGCGAAUGGGCACCGUUGGCCAUUCCGGACAUGGCUUUGCGUCUUCGUGGCGGGCGUGGUGGCCGCUCGGCGCGACUUCGGGGCAUCAUUUGGGGUGAUGAGCUCUAUGCCAUGGCGCUGCACAGGUGUUCUUCCUUGUCGGGCCGCCCGUGGAACGCGCCACUCUUCUGGCAAGCGUUGGCUUCGAGUUCACUCUCGGGGGCGCUGCGCCAGAAGGCUGGGCUUUUGGGGGGCGAUGUUGGUGUUCGUCCUAGUUCGUGCGACGUUCAUCGCGAGGACAAACAGACAUCAAGCUGCCAAAGUCUGCAGCUGAAGAACAGCCCAGUGGCCAAGACCAAGCCAGCUCUUGGAUACCUGGACUUCGCGCCUCUUUGUGGGGUGGAGGGCUGCACCUUUGUGCUAUGUCCACCUGCUAAUGACCGAUGGAUAGAGCUGGAUACGGAGGGCUCAAACUUCAACUUCUUCACAGCAUUUCGGUUGCAGAUCGACGACUUGGUGGCAGUGACUAUGCCACGGAUAUCCUGGGCCCAGGUCGAGGGGCUGGCUCGUCUGCGUGUGCCCGGAUUCCAGUGGAACCCCACUAGCCAGCAGGCUAGGAAAGAACAGCGCAAAGUGUACAACACGCAAUCGUUCAACACUACGGAGUGGCGUUGCAAAGCCCGGAAGGUUGGCCUUCUUGGAGGGUCCUACUACCGCACAGCUGCCGUCUUGGAUUCUUUUGCGGAUGAGAACGUGGCAAAGAUAGACUGGAACACGCUUGCCGAGAACCAUAGCAAGGAGCUUCUUGCUUGGUUAACGCUCGUGUGUCAGUUCAUGGCCUAUCAGAGAGGCUGGAAUCGACUGCAAAGCUCACCCCACUGGAGGCCCUUAGAGGCCUUUUCGAAAGACCCGCUGCGAUUGGAGUUUGGCUUCGGGACAGAUGUCAACAGCACUGGACGAGAAGACAUCCGGCAGAUCUGCAAGCACAUGGGCUUAAACUUUCGUUGUGUUGGAGAUGGCACGCAGAAGCGAAUCAUGGCGCUGAAGUUGGACCAAAUUCGCGAGCGGAAGCGUGCCGAGGAGCUGGCACUGGAAGCACCGCGGGCCGUAGCAGGCUUCUACCGGGGCGCCCUGCAGCUUGGCUGUUCCAGGAAUGCGCUGCCUGAGUCGGAGAAGUUCAAGGUGAAUGCACUGUUUGUGCAAUUCUAUGGCGGCGAGAGAGCAUGGUCGCUGGGUGAAGCCUAUGCCCCAGAGGCCCUACAGGCAGAGGAGGACGAGCGCCGCGAGAAGCGUCGCAAGCUUGGAGAAGAGCCGGAGGCCUCCGAGAGCGACUCGGAGGACGUGGAAGCGUUGCUGGGCCGCUGGGCGACGGUGCAGAAGGCUCCUUGGCUAAUCGCCGUUCCCACCAACCAGACUGACUGCGGCUUCAAAGCAGCUCGAUGUGGACAAGGCUUGCAAGCCGCAGGCAAACUCCUACGCGGCACGGGUGGCGAGUUUCAAAAAGGUACGCCCUUGCAGCACGCGGUUGGACGGUUAUGCCAUGGUCUGAAGCUGCUCAAGUACAUGAUGACCAGGCGAGGAAAGGCGCCGGAAGCGCAGCCGGGUGAUGCCAAGCUCUUCAAGGAGUAUGCAGAGCACCAGGCCCUUAAAACCGACUUGCUGAGCUUCUCUGGUUACAGCUUCGAUCGCUAUGUUGCGCGAUGGGGGACAGAUCGCGAACCUGCGCUUCCUAUUGCCACCACCGAUGGCAGCACUGCCCUCAGCCUUGAGAAGUACGGCUUCUACCUGCACGUCUUCCACUCUCCUGCCGCAGUUCUCUACCAGGUGCGGAAACUCAAGGAGGUAUUUCCGACAUCGCCCAUCUACAUCAUGAGCCGCUUGUCUGCAGAACCGCACUGCAGGGAGUUUGAGACCACCAUGUCGAAGUCAGGUGAUGGUGGGCUGGAUUUUGGCCCCUUGUGCAAUCACACAGAAGGUUGCAGCGCAACUGUUUGCCCCCCUGCCAACGACCGCUGGCAUCCCUGGCCCUUCUUUCGGAGGCUGUACGAUGCGGCCGAGACCCUGAACACGGAGUUCGUCAUCAUGCUGGAGCCUGACAACACGCGACGAUUCAUGGUCCAAUCAAGAAGCCGCCAGAGCAUGAUGCCGGAGGAGUGCUGGUCAAAGAUCGCAGCUUUGCUGGUGCAGACUAUGUUGAGAAGCUUGCCAAGCGACGUGUGCAUGGGUACAAGUGGCUUUGUCAAAUGCGACACGUUCAGAAUUGCGACCUCGGUUGAUGUGCUCGACAUAGGGGUGCUGGUUGAUGAUGUGGUUGAUGUUGUACUAUUGGAUGAUGUUGACGGCGUUGACGUGCUAGAUGCCGACCUGCUCGAUGUUUGUUUGCCUAGAGUGAUUUCGCGAAACAUUGGGAACUAUCUCGGGGAGAAAUUCUCGAAAGAGAUUUACUCGUCAGACUUUGCGCUUCAGUAUGCUCUGGCCGCUCGUGGAUGGACCAUCAUGCCUUGGGAAGAAGCAGCACAGAUGCACAAUGACAAGGAGAUUCCACUGGCAGGUCCGAAAGAUGCAGCCUUCCGCCACUACUCCGGACCGGUGGGAAAGCCAACCUACGAGUUGAAAAUGAGGCUCUGUUACAACUUGGAGCGAUACGUGGCGCUGUACGGCUCCUCGCGCUGUACAAGCAACUUGCCGUUCACAUAUUCCAAGCUUCUCAUGGAGCGGUAUCAUCCAGAGUUGAAGACGCGCAAGUGCGAUCUCCCGCAGGUGGAACACAUCUUGAUCCCUGUGCAUCCGCGGGUUGCAGCGGGCUGGAAGUCGCAGAAGAGGGGGAUGCUGAAGGAAGGCCAGAUACGAGGAGCUGAGAUCGGUGACAAGCCGAACAGUGAAGACGAAGAGGAGGACAGAUCGUUGGCAGGCAGGGAACUGCCUCCUGCAGUAACAGCGCAGCCUGCGGACCUGCCUGAAGGUGGUGAUGAAUGUGGGUAUGGGCCCAAUUGGCGGAAAGUGAGACGCGCUGUUGAGGCCUCGGCAUUUAAUGGACUGCUGCAGGAUGUCCGAGAUAACCAGGCAGGCAACCUUUACGACCGCGACUGGAAUCGGCCGGGGUUCGGAGGCAGCACCAAAUUGAUGGGCCCAAGGAUGCCAACCCAGUUUCUGGGUUCUCCGCUGACUGGUUCACAACGCCUCAGUCGCGCAGCACGGCUUGAUUCCCCUCCCAGAGCCGGUGCCAAAUCCCAGAAGUUGACCAUGGUCUCCAAGUCCAAGUCGCAGAAGGUCACCUCAGCCACGGCUCAGUUUGCGACCACACCUCGUUGGACUCAAGUUUCUUCGCCGCAGAGCUCCGUUUCCUUGUCGGAAAGGUUGAAUUCUCCCUCAACAUCCAGGCCGACUUCGAAAGCCCUUUCUGGCCGGGCAGACUCCGGCAAGCUGGAUGGGCUUGAGCCGAGUGGCCCAAGUUCCCGAAGCAAGCAGCCAUCAACGACAUUAUCCGACAGAGUGGGUCCAAAGGGCAAGGGGCCAGCCAACUUUUCGUUGGAUUCGGGAUCAUCGGUGCCUCUCACGCUGCCGGAAGAAGCCAUGGAAAACACCGACGCAAUACAAUACUUGGCAGAGUCUGAGUCUCGGCAGCCAUCUUUGGCACUGUCCGUCAGGGAGGGCUCCAUGGUGCUGGCCCAGACUCCAUCAUUGGCUAUGUCUGUAAGAAGAGACGGCUCUAUGGCGCUGUCUGAGAAGGUGGAUGACGAGCCAGGAGUCAGGACUGAUGCGGUGUUUCGUUUGCCGGUAGCGUUUCUUGGGACAGAUUGCCCAUGCCUGGGAGCCUGGCAGGACGAAGGCCCGAGCCUCAUGCCACAUUGGCAUGUGAGUCUGAAAGAUACCGUCAUGUGGCGAACGAGGGUGCUGCGUCUUCGCUGGCUCACAGUGUCCCGUAGGCUAGCCGCGCUAGCACUAGCAGAUGUAAGUGCUGCUCCAACCUACAGUGACAGCUAG